UCAGCCUCAUAGCCUCCACCUCAUUACUGAAUCACCCUUUCCGGUUUGCACCUUCCGUGACUGCUGAACCAAAGUCCGCUGGUUGGCGGCGGCGUCUCUGGAAGGGAUGCAGAGCUUCUGCGCACAGGCCCCUUAAGUCCCUGUCCCGCGCGCGCCAGGAGCACGCUUGCAAAAGACGGGAAGGUGUCGGGGACAGAGAAAGAGAAGAGACAGAGAGAGAACGAAAGAAAAAGGAGAGAGAGAAGAGGGAAAGGAGAAGAAAGAACACAGAAAAAGAAACAAAGGUUCACUGGUGGGAGGCUGAGCCGGUGGGAAAGACACCGGGAAGAGACUCAGAAGCGACCAUAAUGUGGUUACGUGUACACACUCUGCCCACCCUGCUUGGAGCCGUGAGACCGGGCUGCAGGGAGCUGCUGUGUUUGCUGGUGAUCACAGUGACUGUGGGCCCUGGCGCCUCUGGGGUGUGCCCCACUGCUUGCAUCUGUGCCACUGACAUCGUCAGCUGCACCAACAAAAACCUGUCCAAGGUGCCUGGGAACCUUUUCAGACUGAUUAAGAGACUGGACCUGAGUUACAACAGAAUUGGGCUUCUGGAUUCUGAGUGGAUUCCAGUAUCAUUUGCAAAGCUGAACACUCUAAUUAUUCGUCAUAACAACAUCAGCAGCAUUUCCACGGGCAGUUUUUCCACAACUCCAAAUUUGAAGUGUCUUGAUUUAUCGUCCAAUAAGCUGAAGACGGUGAAAAAUGCUGUAUUCCAAGAGUUGAAGGUUCUGGAAGUGCUUCUGCUUUACAACAAUUACAUUUCCUAUCUUGAUCCUUCAGCGUUUGGAGGCCUCUCCCAGUUGCAGAAACUCUACUUAAGUGGAAACUUUCUCACACAGUUUCCAAUGGAUUUGUAUGUUGGAAGGUUCAAGCUGGCAGAACUCAUGUUUUUAGAUGUUUCUUAUAACCGAAUUCCUUCCAUGCCAAUGCACCAUAUAAAUUUAGUGCCAGGAAAACAGCUGAGAGGCAUCUACCUUCAUGGAAACCCGUUUGUCUGUGACUGUUCCCUGUACUCCUUGCUAGUGUUUUGGUAUCGUAGGCACUUUAGCUCAGUGAUGGAUUUUAAGAACGAUUACACCUGUCGCCUGUGGUCUGACUCCAGGCACUCGCGUCAGGUACUUCUGCUCCAGGAUAGCUUUAUGAAUUGCUCUGACAGCAUCAUCAAUGGUUCCUUUCGUGCGCUUGGCUUUAUUCAUGAAGCUCAGGUGGGGGAAAGACUGAUUGUCCACUGUGACAGCAAGACAGGUAAUGGAAAUACCGAUUUCAUUUGGGUGGGUCCAGAUAACAGACUGCUAGAGCCGGAUAAAGAGAUGGAAAACUUUCACGUGUUUCACAAUGGAAGUCUGGUUAUAGAAAGUCCUCGUUUUGAGGAUGCUGGAGUGUAUUCUUGUAUUGCAAUGAAUAGGCAACGCCUGUUAAAUGAAACUGUGGACGUCACAAUAAAUGUGAGCAAUUUCACUGUAAGCAGAUCUCAUGCUCAUGAGACAUUUAACACAGCUUUUACCACUCUUGCUGCUUGCGUGGCCAGUAUCGUUUUGGUACUUUUGUACCUCUAUCUGACUCCGUGUCCCUGCAAGUGUAAAACCAAGAGACCGAAAAAUAUGCUACACCAAAGCAAUGCCCAUUCAUCGAUUCUCAGUCCUGGCCCCGCUAGUGAUGCCUGCGCGGAUGAACGGAAGGCAGGUGCAGGUAAAAGAGUGGUGUUUUUGGAACCCCUGAAGGAUACUGCAGCAGGGCAGAACGGGAAAGUCAGGCUCUUUCCCAGCGAGGCAGUGAUAGCUGAGGGCAUCCUGAAGUCCACGAGGGGGAAAUCUGACUCAGAUUCAGUCAAUUCAGUGUUUUCUGACACACCUUUUGUGGCAUCCACUUAAUUUGUGCCUAUAUUUGUAUGAUGUCAUAAUUUAAUCUCUUCCUAUUUAACUUUGUGUGUGCUCUGCAAAAUAAACAGCAGGACAGAAAUUGUGUUGUUUUGUUUUUUGAAAUACAAUUAAAAGUUGUAGAAAGAAGAAUCAAGCAUCAAUUAAUUAUAAAGCCUAAAGCAAAGUUAGAUUUGGGGAUUAUUCAGCCAAAAUUGCCAUUUCAGACCAGAAUGAAUAGACGACACUGAUAAAAUGUACUGGAUAAUGCCACAUCCUAUAUAGUGUUAUAUAAAUAGUGCAAGGAAAGUACAACUGUUUGCCUGUCUUCUUUUCAUUCUGUGCAUUCUUUCCAUUCUGUAUCUUUGUACAAAAGAUUUCAUUAAAAACUUAAAGUCAUCAUAAUUUGUUGCCAUAAAUAUGUAAGUGUCAAUACCAAAAUGUCUGAGUAACUUCUUAAAUCUCUGUUCUAGCAAACUAAUAUUGGUUCAUGUGCUUGUGUAUAUGUAAAUCUUAAAGUAUGUGAACUAUUAAAUAGAUCCUAUUGUACUGUGCUUUGGACAUCUGAAUUGAUGUAAAUACAUGUAAUCUGUGACUUGAUGUUUUAUUUGGCUGCUUAAAAACAUAAAUCUAAAUGUUUUAUGUUCUCAGAUUAUGCUAUUUUAUAUAAAGCACCACUGAUAGCAAAUCUCUCUC